GGAGAAGCUGUUCUGAUGAUAGGAAGGUGAGAGAGCAGCAGUAGACUUGAUGAUGAAUGAAAGUCACAAUGGAGGCUUCAUUGCCAUCAGCGUCUAAUUUCAAUCUGCACUUUCUCCACACGUUGAUGGAGAUGAAGCCUCCAUUGAAUUUGAUGAGGGAGCAGCCCUGGGUCGUCGAACCCAGCCCUGGGUUCGACAAACCCAGGUCGAACCCAGGGCUGGUGUUGGCUGAACCCAGUCCUGGGUUCGUUGGGUUCGUCGAACCCAGGGCUGGGUUUCUUCUCGAACCCAGGGCUGGGUUUCUUCUCGAACCCAGGGCUGGGUUUCUUCUCGAACCCAGGGCUGGGUUUCUUCUCGAACCCAGGCGCCUGGUUCCUUCGAGAACCCAAGAGCUAGGAAGUUUCGAGAAAGAAGAUGCCGGAGAAGAAGAUGCUGGAGGAAGAAGAUGAUGCAAAAUUGUAAUUUGGUGGGUCCCACUUUUGUUUUCGUACUGGCUCAAUGUCUAAAUUUAACUUAUCCAUGGCCAAGUAAUGAAUUAAGAAUACUCUCUAUUUAUUUCCCUUGGCAGGUGAUGUUCAUGGUCAAUUUUCAGAUCUUCUACGCCUGUUUGAGUAUGGUGGGUACGCACCAGAAGCCAACUAUUUAUUCCUAGGGGACUAUGUUGAUCGGGGCAAGCAGAGCAUAGAAACCAUAUGCCUUCUUCUCGCGUACAAAAUCAAAUACAAAGAGAACUUCUUUCUUCUCAGAGGCAAUCAUGAAUGUGCUUCAAUCAGCCGUAUUUAUGGGCUCCAUGAUGAGUGCAAGAGAAGGUUCAACGUUCGUCUCUGGAGGACAUUUACUGACUUCUUUAAUUGUCUGCCUGUUGGUGCUCUAAU